UAGCCAACCAGCAGCUCUACACACAGCUGUAUGUAGUGUGGCCCAGGCAGUAGGCACUGAGGAGGGGACGCUUGGGUCUGAAGGCUCAGGGUCCUGGGUGAAAGGGGUUCACUGCUGCUAGAGUUUGGGUUUUGGAAGUUUUGCCUGGGAUUUCAAAGAGAAUCCUGUCAUUUUCCCAUAUAUUUUUUCCUGGAAAAGAGAACUUGCACUGGCAGGAAAGACCUCCACUGGUGAAUUAAGAACUGGAGAGUAUAGAAAAUAAAUGCCUGGGAUUUAUAAGCAAAAUUCAUCCGCUCUGGGAAGAUUCUCCAUAAAAGGCGACAACACAAUAUCCAGCAAAGAGGAACGAGGAGCUGAGCCAGCCCCAAAGAUCAUGAACGUGUCUUCUGAGCAUUGCAACAUAUCAGAUUGGCUGAGGCUGGAAGCAUCGGUGAAGGCCUCUGUGUAUUUCGUUGCUUUCUCCUUCGCCACAUUCAUCACUAUCGUCAUUGUCACAAUAGUGUCACAGGAUCGGAAACUGAGGAAAGAGGUCCGGCACAUCCUCCUCUGCCACCAUCUGCUGUGCAUCUCCUCCUACUGUGGCCUGGGGGUUGUUUUCCAAGGAAUGCGGGCCUUGCUGGCCCACAGCCCGCGGUUAAUUUGCUGGGUGGUGUUUGGGGUGCAGCUAAGUGUUGGAGAAGGGAUUCUCUUCACUCUGGCCUUGAUGGCUCUCAACACUUACCUGGCGAUUUGCUGGCCACUGAAAUCUCUGUCCUUUGUGGGUUCAGUUAAGUACAGGAUUCUGGCUGGAACUUGGACGACCAUAAUACUCAAGAAUGUCUGCUUAUUCCUCAUCGAGGUCACUAACUUAGCUCCCGUUGCUGUUUUUAAAUUGGAACCCCUAUGCCCUGUGACCUUGAAUAGCAUUCCUGCCAGAGCCACGGGCUUGGUUUUCCUGUUCCUUCCUUUAUCUGUCAUUCUUAUAAGUUACUCUCUGAUCUAUCGAGAAGGGAAACGAGCCGGCCAUUUUAAUAGGUCCAACCUCAAAGCAAGGAAAACAGUUCUUAUUCAUUUAGUGCAGAUAAGUUUACACGUAUUGCCAACCCUGAUCAUCUUGGGUUUAGGCAAGAGGUGUGGGGUGUCUUUCUUUGCUCUAAAUCUGGUGCUUUUUGGUGUCUUUGCAUUUGCCCAGUGUUUUAACCCGCUGGUCUACGGGCUUCAGAACACAGAACUGCGGAGCAGGUUGCACCACGAGGUGUGCUGUCACCUGGGCUUUGGUCACACGAGGAGCGGCAGAGGGCCGGUCUAACAAAACUCCGCCACUUUGAAUGGAUAACUCCAAUGCUAAGAGACACAUCAGCAAGGGCCAGGACCUGCCUUUGACUCAACCCCAAAUGAGUAUCUUUAUUUGGUUAUGAAAGUACCUGAGUAAACCAAAAUGAUGUUUUGCUGCCACAUACACCAAACUGGCCUCUGUGAAAUCAUCUUAGUGUCUUUAAUUUUAAACUGAGAUCAACAUCUCUCACAGCCUGCCCUACUGAUAAUCCAGGCCUAUGGGGUGGUUCUGAGAGAAACGGAGAAGGGCUUAGGCAGCCGCCGCAAGAUGUUAAGUGAGGAGGUCAGGGGCAGGGCCAGAACAGGAGCAUGGAGAGGGUCUUCUGACAAGGCCAACUUCCUGCUUGAUGAAAGUACUCAUGGACACAAGCAGGGACCCAACCAGACAGUCAUUCCUGUACUCGUGCUCCCAAGCAGGGGACCCAAUAGAAACACUAAGACAGACAUGUGGACAGAGGGAGCACCAAUGAAAUGAAAUGAAAUGAAUGCAGGGAAAGUGUGGGUGGGGGAGGGGAUAAGGAAAGGAGGAAAUUCCAGAGACCAUAAAAGAACAGGCCAAAACUCCCCACUGGAUUCUCAGCUCUGAGGCCCCUUCUCUCUGGAGAAGUCUGUUUCUGUAUCUCUGUUGCUUUUGCAACAAACCUACUUCUUGCUUGCUGUCUCUGUCCUGUUCUUCCAUUCUUUGCUGAACAGAGACAACCAACCCAGCACCCCUAGAUGGUUACGGUUCUGUAGUCAACAGUCUCAUUCUCCUCUGCUCUGCCAUGAUCUGUAGCUACCUCAUGAUCCAAAAUGGCUGUUAGUGCGUCUAUCAUCACACUCACACUCCAGCCAAUAAGAAGGAAGCAGGGGCAAAGAAGGGAUUGACUCUUCCUUCUAACGACACUUUCUAGAAUUACACAAAACAUCACCUUGCUUCUAACUGCCCCAAACUUAAUCAAAUGGCUAUGCCUGGCCUUAACAAAGGCUGGAAAUAAGCUUCAGUUGGGAAGCAGCGUCCCCAGCUAAAAACUGGAGUUCUUUAUACCAUGAAAGGAGGGAAGAAGAUAUUGGAAGGCAAAGUUGUUUCAAGGACCAUUUUCCUCCCAACCAAAAAAAAAAAGACAAUGGAUGGGUUAUGAUCACCACAAAUAGCCUGCACUUCAAUAUUUUAUAUAAACAGAAUUAAGUGUUCAGGACCCCAGGAAGCUUUCUUUGCUUUGUGUUAACAGUUCUCAGAAAACAAGAACAUCGAAACGGCUUAAACAUGGGGGCCAAUUCAAAAUUUAAUUCUAAGCAAGUCUGAGGGGGCGGCAUGAAAUAAAUUCCUUCACAGAA